AUACCAUACAAUGCUUACGGAUUAGAUGUAAUAAACACUAGUAUCGUCGCACCGUGCAAUAUAAAAGCUUACCCUUUUUGUCCUACGAUAAGACGUGUCCCUCAAAUUCUAAUUAGAUUUGCUCAGAUGGCCUAGUCAAUCUAGUAUCAAUGCCAUCAUACGUAUAUACAUUAGACUCCUGCAGCUUUUAAUUUUACUCAUUGUGCCUAGUCUUAACCUGAUGUAAGAUUUCCUUGCUCGAUGUUGUUGCUUUUAUGAUCAUUCUUGGAGUCAUUGCGGCUUUGUCAAAUACUUCCGCUCGAUGUUUCCCGCGAUUAAAGCUCAGAUAUUCUAACUCGGGUCCUGAUAGGAUCUGGUUAUCUCUAAUUUUAACCCUGCCUCGCCACUAUAGACCUAAAACUUUCAUCAACAAAGUCAGCUCUAUAGUAGACGAUUGGCGAAAGCCAGAAGACUCCAUCGGCUUGCUUUCUUCUUGGCAGUCGGGCUUUAACCAAGGAAUACUUCCAAAGGCAUGUCAUUCACACAAUGAUUAUUGGUGUACUAAUUAUCCCGCUUUUUCAAUUUUUAGCAGCUGGAUACAUAAGCGUGGUGCAGACAUAUAUAUCUAUCUUCCGAUAAAACCCGGAAGUGACAACCUAUUAGUUGGCCAUUAUUCAAAGUUGUUUGAAAUAAGACCGUAGACUUCAAACUUAUAUACUGGCCUUUGUUACCAUUCUCGAGAAUCUAAAUGUGGCUCUAGUCAUCCGGAUAGUGCUGGCUGGAAGGUAUUUUCCAAUCGCGUCCAAACACUACGUUUACACUACUUCUGGAUUUUAAAUCUGAAGGCAGCGAACUAUGGCCAUAUGUAAAUCGAUAUUGAGAGAAUUCUCAACUAAAAAAUGGCUUACUUACUGAAGCAGUUCCAAAAGGACUUACUUGUGCCCCACUUCUAGUUGUUGCUUCUGGGAAGACCCCUUUCAACCUCCUGGUUUCUAAACCACCUAUCGCGAUAUAUUUUACGAUGUUCCUUUGGACGAAAUUGCGAAUCCUCUUUACGAUAACACUAAUGCAUACUUUGCAGUGUUUCGAUGUUCAAAGCUAUUGGCGAACUGUGGUUGUGAAAUUUAGCUCGGCACAGUGAAUAGGAUCGCUGAGCAGAUUAGCGCCCCGACUAGUUAAAGCUUGAAAGCUAGAUAUUUGGAUACUCCGUCCUGGCCUGCCACUUUGCGAGAUUAUGCUUGGGAGUUCUUAUCGAGAAGAAAGUUGGAAUGUGGAAUGUGGAUGUUUUUCUUCUGUUUUGUACUUUCUGUUAAUGACUAGGUUUGGUCAAAAUAGACUUGUUUGAUGAUUGAUAGAUAAACAUAUCAAGGCAUAUGUCUAGUUAUCAUAAAAGACAGAAGUUCUCGGUCAUACUCAUAUAUUUCAUCCAUGGCUAUAUCUCAUCUAUUAAUUGUAUUCGAUGAGAUUGAUGGGUGGCAAUG